GACUCUUACCAUUAACAUGAACCUCUUGGAAUCGAUUUCAAACUAUUUAGUUUGUUACCAGAGUAUUUCAUCGGUAGUGAACUCGUACUCAGUCAUGUUGCUAACGCUAAUUUUUCGUUAAUAACUUCUCUGAACAAAGCUCUAGAGUGUUGAUUUUUUCAUGGCAUCCGAAGUAAAUAGAGACUUGUACAACAUGUGAAAAUCGCACCAAAACUAGCUGAUAAUUUUUGAGGUAUGCAUACUUCAAGUUUGCCAUUACCAGAUGGCUAACCAAUGAUUUAGCUCAUAUAUAUGAAUAUGAUUAUAGUUGCUAACUAAUAUGAAUAUAAGAAAAUCCAAUAGUUGAAUAUAAAGUAUCAUUAAUCACUCGACAUUGAUUAUAAAUAUAGAGAAUAAAUUUGAUCAUGAAUCAAAAUAAAUCUAUAAAAAUAAUACUGGUCGAAUAUUUUAGCGAUAUUUAUCAGCUUGAAUCGAUUCGAAUUGUAAACAAUAAUACUCAACAUACAAUAAAUUCUAAUAGGAAUUUAUUUCGAUUUUAAUCAGUUAAAAUCUUGUAGGAAAAAAAAUAUUCGCUUUCUCAAAAAGUUGCUCAGACACAUCUUUUUUUGUAUAAAGUCUUUUAUUGAUGAAAAACGAUUUAAUUAAGUAAAUAUAUUCUCUUAGGAACAAUUAAAAUCAUUUUAAUAUAAGUUUUUACUUUUAGAUCAUAUAUAAUUAUGGAAGAUCGAAUAAAAAAAAUUUUAUUUGAUGAAUAUCAAUUGAAUGUCGAACAAUUGAAUUGUCUUGAAGGUGGUUAUUGUCCAGAUGAAACAUAUUUACUUAUAACUAAUGAUCAAAUGAAAUAUAUUGUUAAAUAUAUUGAAUAUAAUCAUAGUGUUGAACAUCUUCAAACAAUAUUAUUAUUUGAAAAUAGUUUACAUGAUUUAUAUAAAUAUCCAUGUCCAAAUAUAAUUUAUUCAAUAAAUAAAAAAUUAUUUAUUAUUGAUAAUAAUCGUUAUUUAUUUGUUCAAACAUUUAUUCAAGGAAUCGAAUUAACUAAAGAUAUAAUUGAAAAAAAUCCAAAUUAUUUAUAUAGAAUGGGUUGUCUAUUAGCACAAAUGAGAAUAGCUUCCAGUAAUUAUUCAUUAAAUAUUCAUUUAAAUCAAGAAGAAGAUCAAGAAUUAACUGAACAAUGGUGGAAUAAACAAAAACUAGAUUAUGUUCAUCCUGAUCUUUUAUCGAAUAUAAUUGAAUGUAAACAAUAUUUUUCUAAUAAAAAUCAAAAUUUCUCUCGUGGUAUAAUUCAUAAUGAUUUUCAUAUGAAUAAUUCAAUACUAACAAAUGAUGAUAACAUAUAUAUUAUUGAUUUUGUUGAUGCUUGCCAAUCAGUAUUUUUAUCUGAUAUAGCAACAUCUUUAUUUCAUUUAUUAAUUGAUCCAAUUCAUGGAGAAUUUAACGCGAAGAUAUUUUUAAAAGGAUAUCAACAAAUUUUUGAAUUACCAUCAGAAGAAAAAGAAGCUCUUCAUAAAUUUGUUCAAUUUAAAUUAACAAUUAGUCUUAUUGAAGACUUACGUUAUACUGACAAUUUAAAUGAACCUUUCAUUCAAUCGUGUUUUGACUUAUUAAAAAAACUAAACAAUAAUUCUAAUUUAAUCAAUAAUUUAUUCGAAUAA